CGGGCAGCUGUCCCCGUUGUACGUUACUACUUUUGUGGUGUUCAGUGAAUAAUUGCGAUCGUAUUUCUGAAUAAAAUAGUUUGAAUAUUCCAUUUUUGAAAUUUACAAUCGACAAAAAGAUAGUGAAGCCAUGCCGUGUAAUUGUGAGGUGGAGUACAUGGGGGGUGCGUACGAGCAUACCAACGGCUGCGAGCUGAGGGCUAGGCCCUCGCCUUCCCGCCCCUCCCUUGAGCAUCAGAACGGCCACCACCCCCACAGGAGGACAUUCGACGACGACGACGACCCCCAACUCUUCGAGCCGGAAGACAACUUGGAAGCGAGAAAACUUAGGUACCCGGAUGGAACGGUGCGCCUUCGCAAUCCCAACAUCGAGCUCAUGGACCAGGACAUCCUGUACCACUUGGCCCUCGGCAGCGGGUCCCACGACCUCGUCGAGAUGUUCGGAGACGUUAAGUUCGUGUGUAUGGGUGGCACGCCGAAGCGGAUGGAGCAGUUCGCGUACAACAUCAUGGCGGAGAUUGGCCACAAGCUCCCCUGCGGCACCACGCUGCAAGACAUCAGCCACUUCUCCUACCGGUACUCCAUGUACAAAGUCGGCCCCGUGCUCUCCAUCAGUCACGGAAUGGGCAUCCCAUCGGUGGGAAUCCUACUCCACGAGGUGAUAAAGCUGAUGUACCACGCGAAGGUCCGGGACCCGGUGUUCUUCCGGAUCGGCACUUGUGGUGGCAUCGGGUACGAAGGUGGCACUGUGGUCAUCUCCGAGGAGGCAGUCGACGGUACGCUCAAGAAUGCGCUGGAGACGACGGUGCUGGGCAAGUCAGUGCAGCGGCCCGCGAAGCUGGACAAGCGGCUGGUGCGCGAGCUGAAGGCGCUGGCGGACCCUGAGGACCCGUACGAGACUGUCACCGGGAAGACCAUGUGCACCUACGACUUCUAUGAAGGUCAAGCGCGGCUGGACGGCGCGUUCUGCGACUUCACGGAGGCAGACAAGAUGGAAUACUUGGAGAGCAUCCACAAGGCGGGCGUGGUCAACAUCGAGAUGGAGUCCCUCUCGUUCGCUGCGCUGACGCACCACGCCGGCAUCAAGGCAGCCGUCAUCUGCGUCACGCUGCUCGACAGACUCAAGGGCGACCAGGUGAUGGCCCCCAAGGAGGUGUUGGAUGAGUGGCAGCAGCGCCCCACCAAACUUGUCUGCCGAUACAUUAAGAGAUAUCUGCAGAUGAAGGGUAGACUCUCGCUGGAUGGACACGGCUCCAUCUCCGUGAAGAGUCCUCGUCGGUUCAAGCUGGUGCAGCAGGAAUCCGAGACCUAUGACUAAACCACAAGGUCCAUUUCACAAUGCCACGUGUCAUCGUCAGAGGUGGAUAGCUACACACAUGUAGUCGCACUCUUCUGUCGCCCGCGCCGUCGAGUGGUGCGACAGAGAGGUAGAUAGCUAGCUUUAAUUUACUAUUUCAGUUAACAGCGAGAAAUGUCAAUGUGACAGAUGAAUUGAUCGCCUCACUGCCAUAUUUUAUGGAGUAGUAUUGACACUUCUAAAUUAAUGUGAUGUGAAUGACAAAGUCGUAUAGAUGUAUAUUUAUGUAUCGUCAUUAAAUACAGCUUGAUUAGAAUGACAACUCUCAUGACGAAUUGCAUUUCCCCGUAACAUGCAUCUGUAUAUCGCGCGUGGUGAGAUAAUUGAGCCAAAUAUAUACUUUGUUUAUUUAUCGUGUAUAAUAGCGUUGGGUAAUUUAUCGCGUCGCGCGCGAUAUAAGAGCUCCACGCUACGAUUACUGUUGGCGCAAUAGGCUGCAUAAAAAACCAAUAAAAAAUAAAACAAUUAACGGUACUAACGGUGGUCUAACAGAAAGCUCAGGUGAAACGCGAGUGCUCAGUUCAUCUUGCGGUGGAUGUGGCUUCUGACUAGCUCGAUUGGGAAAAUAAUCGUGAAUUUAUGUAUACUUUAUUUCUGUCCAGCUGUCAUUAUAAUCAAGCUAUAUUCAAUGAGGUAUAUAUCCAAUUACUCAUUAAGAUUUUGAGUGGAGCUAUGAAAACAUUCCAGUGAAGGCUUCGAGAAGUAAUAUAACGUUCAAAUGUAUUUAAAUUAGCUUAUCGUAACUGUUUGUCGAAUCAACGACCAAUUUGCUUCGCUAUCGAGUAUUCUUCUAUUUAUAAGAUUUAUUUAAUGGAUUAUUUUACUUAAAUCUAUAAUGUCUAUAAUCUGUAUACAUAUCGUAAAUUGGACGUAUGCCAAAUGUCUUGAACCAUAUUUCUCUUGUAUAUCGCGGACACAUAUCCGGACUUUUGAUUCAACACACGCCGUAUUACAACUAAGGCAAAGUUGCUUUUAUUAGGUCGUAAUAUGAACUAGACUUAAAGAGAUAUAAUAUCAAAGUAAAUCUGUACGUUUCAGCAUUUAAGUACUUAUUUCAAAGUAUAUUUACUCCUACUCUUUGAUUGUAUUCGAAUAUUGUUUGUAACAACAGGGUAGUUUCCAACUAGUCAAAUCAGUUACUUUUUACUAACCGUCAAAACACGAAAAGCAACAUGUCAUAGAAAAACGUGACAAAAUGUCGCACUUAUUCUUUAUCAAAAUUCAUAAAUAAGUUAAAUAGAAAAAGGAAACCGUUUUUUAUCACCUUUAGAUCUGUCUUUAUUUAUUAAUCAGAGUUCAUAAUUUAUCUUUGACUUAGGAAACUAUCUAAUUAUAAUUCCUAUAUCAAAUAUUUUUAUCUUACUAAAUUAUAACAUAGUUAAGUAAAUUACGAAGUAGGAUAAGGUAUUAUCAUUGUGUGUUUACGAUUAACGAGAACAUUACGUUAUUGCAAAUUUUAGCGAACUUGUGAUAAACAGAGUAGUUGAUAGUCGUAUAAGGACCACGUCAGGCUAGCGAUUGUUUGGUCACUAAUGUCGACAUUCCUUUUUUAAACUUAUCUUCCCUUCUUCGUUGACUUAACGCUCUUGUCGAUGUACCAACCUUCAUUCGUUUUGAGUAUUCUCUCCAUGCUGCUUUUUAAGGAAAAUAGGCAGUGGUUUCCCUGUUGCCAUACCCCAGACACACAUGCAAAAACCUGAUUCUUACUGUCACAGUCUGCGCGCUCUCUCCCUUACUAUCGGCCAUGAAUACUAUACUAAUUGACGUGGGGCGCUCUUGCUUUGUCUCAAACGUUGUACCGGGCGAGAGCCUUCAGCACUCCCCAUUUGUCCGGCCAAGUAGUUUAUGCCAUCUGCGGCAAAUCUAUAAUAAGUCACGUCAAAAAAAAGCUCUCGCUUUAGUAUAAAUGGUCUGAAGCCGUUAUGGAGUAAGGCAGCCGUGCGGACUGUGUAUAUCGCUCACACUAACACGGUAAGGCGGUUCACGGUAAGAAUGAGAUUUUCGUAUGGUCUGUCCGUUCUGUGACAUUGUCUGACGGGAAUGAGUGUCAGUAUUACUCAGAGCGCCCUUUGAGUAAACUACUUCGCCUCUGAGAAGACCACUCCGCCUCUGAGUAGACCACUCCGCCUCUAAGUAGACCACUUAGCCUCUGAGUAGACCACUCCGCCUCUAAGUAGUACUGACAGUUACUGCUGCCCUCUUUCAGGAUGCAAGUUAGUCCCUGUAAUUUAUAUAAAUUUUCGAGCAGAGUAUCUCGUCUCUUCGUAUAAAAUUUGUCUCUACUUCAAUACGUAUAUGAGUAAUUUUAUUGUUAAAGUCCCUAGUAUGACCGCUACUCGCUGUAUGAUAUUUUAUUUACUUCAUAUAAACGAUUCGUGCAGAUAGGAAAAUUGUACCCGAGUAUGUAUUUUCCCAAACCCCCUGCCUUUAAUGACUAAACAAUCGGUCGUGUUGUAUAAUUUCAUGUGCUUCCACGUGUUAUAUAAUGUUGUUGAAUGCACAAAUUGUUGUCAGACGCUUUUAGUAUAUUGAACUGUAUUAUGUUAUCAGUUAUGGUUGCUAUUGAAAUGUUCCUUGUUCACGGUUACUUCAUUAACUGUUUACUGUGGGGUAAAAGGGCACAUUGAAGCAGUUAAUCUAAAUACCGCAGUAUCGCCAUUCGAUAAUGCACUUACUUGUAUAAUAUGCGUAAAUGUCCAAUUGCGUUAUUGGUUUUUUAGAUGACUUGUCUUCAAAUAUGUCCUUUUUAAACCCCCCUGAUUAAUGAAUUGUUUCACUUAAAUCUAAUAAUACAUGAUAGAUAUUAUACAGACAUAACAGCAUAUGUACGUCCCAGUGCCGGGUACAGACCUCUCUAUCAACCGGAGGGGGGAUAAUAUACAGGGUGUUAGUGAAAUCGUAACGAAAACUUUGAGGGAUGAUUCAGGCCAUGAUUCUGAGUUGAUAUCAUGUGGAAUUUUCCGUCGCAAAAGUAUGGAACGGAAAAUAAUUUAAAAAAAAACAUAAAAAGUUUCAUAAAUUUUCCGACUGGAAAUUGCACUUAAUAGCAACUCAGAAUCAUGGUCUGAAUCAUCCCUCUGAGUAUGCGCCGUAAAUUCCACUUGUAUUCAAAUCAGAAUCAUCCCUCAAAGUUUUCAUUACGGUUUCACUAACACCUUGUAAAAUCUGUGAGUUUUAGGAUUUUUUAGAGGUGACAAAAUGUUAUGAUGAACAGCAUUAACGUUACAGUUUCAAAUUGUUUAGGUUUAAACAUUAUAUUAAGAAAUUACUUAACUUUAAACUUGAUUGUAUUCACGGCACCAGUUUGAAAUAUUUCGGGCUACGUGGUAUAAUAAAUACGAUAGCUCAAGAUUAUCGUUUGCCUAAUUUGCGAGUAGUUAAACAAGUGGCCCGAAAUGUAAUAGGAUUGUAAGCCAUGUGUUGAUUAGCUAGGAAGAAGAGUGUUGUCUCGCUAAUAGCACUUUGCCUAUUAUAGUCAAAGAGUUUAAUUAUCUUGUGCUAUUAGUCCAGUCAUACUCUGUCUUUCAUAGGAAUUAACAUGCGAUUUUAUAUCCUUGUCUUUUAAUGUAAUAAUUAUAAAAUAAUUUUACUGUAAGUACAUAUACUUCUUUUGAAAAAAAUUUAAACGGCUCGCAAGUGUAUGUUUCGUAAAGAUUACCAGAAAAAAUAUUCCGAGUACUUAUUGGGAAUAAAAAGAAAUGACGAGAUGUAAUUUCACAGCGGGUGUUAUAAGGUUUUUUCAUUAUUGAUGUUUACGUUGAGCAUAAAUAAUAUAUGGAGAUGAAAUAUCAAAUUACUAAUGGAAUAUUCAAUUUGUACAUUUAUUUUGAAGAUUGCCUACUCAUUUGCUUGACAUUGUUCAUGAGAUGUCAUUGACGUUUCGUUUUAUUCAAUUUAUGUACAUUUUUUAUUUACACCAUAAACAAAACAAAAAGGAAAUUGAAAUAUAUUUUUCUAUUUUAUUUAAUUUUUGAUGUUCAUGUUCGAAAUUCAAAUUUAAAAAAUGAACUCGUGUUGCGUUGGACUAAAAUUCGAUAAUGUUUUGAUUUUUUUCACGAGAAGUAUAUUUUAAGCCGUAAUCUAUUGUAUGUUGACGUUGAGUGUUGGGGGAUAGAACGAUUAACCAUGAAGUUUAGCAAAUAUUUCAUUAUACCAAUUGUUGUUUAGGAUUAAGGCUGCAUUGACGACCUACAUGUAAAUAAAAAUGUUAAACAAACAUA